AUGGAUCAACACGACGACUUCGAUAAUGUUUCCUGGAAACAUGAUGGGGACAGCGAUGCUUCUCGACCCACGACAUCUGGCACAAAUGAAGAGGAACAAAAUAGACAUGAUAACGAUGCCAAUGGCAAGCGAAGAAUAAGCUCAGCACCUGAAGAACCGCAAGCUGGCCCACUAGCCGAUGCCGUUGAUUUGGCGGGUAUUGGUGACGGCGUACUCGAGUGCCAGGUAGACUCACCUUUAAAAGAGAAUGAUGGCACAAAGGAUGCUUAUAUCUCAUAUCUCGUCACAACUAAUACCGAUUUUAAAUCAUUCCAAAAGCCCGAAUUUAAUGUUCGCCGACGAUACACCGACUUCUACUUCCUUUACAAGACUCUCUACCGGGAAUAUCCAGCAUGUGCCGUUCCGCCGUUGCCGGACAAGCACAAGAUGGAGUAUGUGCGAGGCGACCGGUUCGGCACGGAGUUCACAUCACGAAGAGCAUGGUCGCUACACCGAUUCUUGAAGCGACUGACACUUCACCCUGUACUCCGACGUGCCCCUUUGCUUACUAUCUUCCUGGAGUCGCCGGACUGGAAUGCUCAUAUGCGACUACAUUCGACGCGGGGGACAACAACUGCAUCAUCAGAGAAUGCUUCCACCAAGAUAUUUGAUAAUUUUACCGAUACAUUCGUCAACGCCUUCACCAAGGUACACAAACCAGACCGCCGAUUCAUCGAAGUCAAAGAGAAGGCGGAUAAACUGGAUGAAGAUUUAUCACACGUGGAAAAAACCGUGGCGCGGGUCGCACGGCGCGAAACUGAUUUGGAAACGGAUUAUACAGAGCUGGCAACUCAGUUCCGCAAACUGGUCCCUCUUGAACCUGCCGUUGAGAUGCCAUUACAAGUCUUUGCCGCAUCAGUAGAAGAAACUGCACGUGGAUUGAAAGGAUUAAAGGACGAAACAGACCAGAAUUAUUUAGGGUCUCUGCGCGAUAUGGAAGCAUAUAUCCUAUCGGUUAAGACUCUUCUGAAGACCCGUGAACAGAAGCAGCUUGACUUCGAGGCAUUGGUUGACUACCGCAACAAAGCUGUGGCCGAGCGGGACUCGUUAGCUGCCAAUCCAGCUGCUUAUUAUGCAUCUAAUCCUCUUACUUCUUCGCCGGCAUCCUUUAUCCGCUCGAAGAUGGAGGACAUGCGCGGUGUUGAUCAUGAAACUUCCCGCCGUGAACGUGUCCGCAAGCUUGAGCUUCGCAUCGAUGAAUUGACACGUGAAGUUGACUCUGCAAAGACCACGUCUGAGAUGUUCGACGAGGAGGUUGUUCGCGAAGUAGCAGACUUCGAGCGCAUCAAGGCUGUAGAAUUCCGGGAUUCCCUUGGUUCCCUCGCAGAGUCUCACAUUGACUUCUACCAGGGUGUCCUGUCUACCUGGGAGCGUUUCAUUGCAGAGAUGGAAGGGGACCCAGAAUUUGCACAGGACUCUGAGUCCGCUGCCUUGUGA